AUGCAGAACCAGCAGUACCUCGUCGGCGACCCGGCGACGAGGGAGGCCAUCAUCGUCGACGGGAACUACGACCCGAAAGGCAUCGAGAAGAUCGCGGACGACGCGGGCUACACCAUCGUCGCCUACGUCGCGACGCACUUCCACUACGACCACAUCGGCGACACGCAGCGCGACAAGUCGAAAGGCAUCGACGGCAUGCGCCACUGGGUCGAGGAUCGAAAGGUCCCCGCCUGGAUCCACAACAUCGAGCUCGACCAGGCCGCGGCGCAGAUCGGCGUCGACGUCGCCACCCUAACGCCCUACGCGGAGGGCGACGUCGUCGCCGUGGGCGCCGUGUCCAUGCGCGUCAUCCACACGCCGGGCCACUCCCCCGGCUCGUCGGUCCUCGUCGUCAAGGGCGCGUCGGGCGCCGAGAGGAACGCGAUCACGGGCGACACGAUCUUCGCGGGCAGCUGCGGCCGCCUCGACCUGCCGGGGUCGUCCAAGUCCGACAUGUUCGACUCCCUUUUGAAGCUCCGCGCCGAGCUCGGCGACGAGACGAUGGACCUGUGGCCGGGCCACGCGUACGGGGCGGAGCAGACGACCGCUGCCCCAUCCACGCCCGCGCCGAGGCGGCCUUUGCCGGCCAUGGGCGAGACGUCGGACAAGGAGAACGAGCAGAAUGAGAAGGAGCGCAAGAAGGAGAUGGCCGAGUUCCGGAAGAUCGCGAAGCAGCUCAAGGCCAAGGACGCGCAGACGAAGCUCGGCGCCAUCGCCAAGUGCGGCGAGAACGCGGAGUCGCUGCGCCGCGGCGAGUGCUUCGUGCCGCUGCUGCAGCUCUGCGUCGCCAAGAAGAAGAACGCGGCCAUCGUCGCGGCGGCCGUCGGCUGCGUCCGCGGCUUCCUCGCGGCGACGGCGGAACCGGGAGAACCCGGCGACGACGGCGAGGUUUCGCCGCCGAGCCACGCCCACGCGCGCCUGCUGCUCGAGGCGGCGGAGAAGAAGAAGAACCGCGUGCCCGGCGGCAAGCUCUUCACGGAUCUGCUGAGCCACGAGAACCCGGACAUCGUCGGCGGCGCGACGGGCGCGUACCGCGCGCUCGUCGCGUGCGCGCGGGCGCCGGACGCGUCGAAGAAGUUCGCCGCCCAGGUGCGCACGGGCGACCCCGUCGAGGCCCUCGCGAGCGUCGUCAAGCGCCACGCGCCGCCGCCCGACGAGGCCGCGGCGGCGCCCGCGGACGAGCCCGGAGAACCCGCGGCGCCGGCCGAGGAGCCGCCGGCGGAGGAAGAAGAAAACGCCUGGACGCCCGCGCGCGUCGCCGCGGAGCUCCUGGGCCCCGCCUGCGAGGCCCUGGCCUUUUUGCUCGACGUCGACGCGUCGGGCGGCGCGGCUAAAGCGUCCGCGGCCGGCGCCGCGGCGUUCGUCCGGAGCGGCGCGUGCCGCGCGCUCGCGCACUGCGCCUGCGCCGGCGGCGUCUACGACGCCCUCGCGGGGCCCUGCCUCGCCAUCCUCGACGCCGUCACCGCGACCGCGGGCAGCGGCGGCGGCGACGCGCUGCUCGCCGUCGACGGCGGCGCGGACGCGGUCGUGACUUUAGCGAAGCGCCUCGCCGAGACGUCCGACGCCGCCGCGGGGCCGCCCAAGGAGCUGCUCCACUGCCUCAACAUCGUCGAGCGGCUCCUCGUGGCCAUCGCGGCCGCGGAGCCGCCGCCGGCCGACGACGGCGCCGCUCCGGGCGGCGACGCGGCCGCGGCCGCGCCGGGCCCCGCGCCGGCGCCGGCGCCGGGCGGCGACGCGGCCGCCGAGGCGCCGACGCCGUCCGUCUUCCUGAGCUGCGACAAGACGACGGGCGCGCUCUACGGCGCGCUCAAAUUCUUCGGCGACGCGUCGGCCGAGGCCGUGCCCGAGGGUUUAGGCGACUGCGUCGCGCUCGUCUGCAAGUGCCUCGACCGCUCCGUCGACGCCUUCAAGGAGGACGCCUACCGGCGCCUGACGGCGUCGCCCGAGGCCGCGGUGCCCGCGACGCUCCUCAAGGUCCUCGUCGCGCCCGGCGGCGCGGGCGAGAUGCGCUUCUCCGUCGAGAAGGCGCUCCACAAGAUGGCCGCCUACCGCGGCGGCGCGACCCUGCUCCUCGAGGACGCCGAGGGCGGCGCGACGCUCCCGCCGCCGGCGGAGGGCGACGACGCGCCGCGAACGGCGACGCCGCGGCUCGACGCCGCGGCGAUCGCGGCGGCCCUGGCCGUCGACGACGCCGACGGCAAGUACCGGGCCAUCCGCUUCGCGGCGAAGCUCAGCGACCGCCGCGAGAACGCGCUCAUCCUCACGCCCGUCGUCGCGCCCUUACUCGCGGUCGUCGAGGCCUGGGCCGCGGACGCGCAGCCCGCGCCCUGGCCCACGGGCAUCUCCAACGAGGCCGGCGCGGCGCUGGCUUUAGACGGCCUCAUCGCCAUCGCGGGGUCGUCGGCCGGCGCCUGGGCGGAGCUCGCGGACGACGCGGCGCUCGCGGUUUUGGACGCGGCGCUCGCGCGCGGGCCCGCGGACGCCGCGGGCUUCCGCGCGGCCGCGGCGCGCGCCGAGGAGGCCGAGGCGGCCGUCGACGCCGCGCCGGGCCCGGCGCCCGCGCCCGCGGAGGGGGGCGAGCCCGCGGGCGAGGCGCCGCCCGCGGCCGGCGCCGCGCCGCGGCCGUCGGCGAACAGCGCCGCGAGUUACCACGGCGAGGCCGUGGCCUACAUGUGGGAGCCGACGGCCGUGGGCUGGGAGACGUCCUUCGCCGCGCCGGACAACGGGCCGUCGCGCGAGGUCGGCGUCGCGACGCUCCUCGCGAUCGUCGCGCGGCCGCCGCCGGCGGAGGCGCGGCCCGCGGAGGCCGCGGAGGCGCCCGCGGAGGACACGGAGGCGCCCGCGGAGGACUCCGAGCCCGCGGCGCCGCCCGCGGGCAAGGUGACGGCGACGACGGCGACGACGGUGCUGGCGCUGGCGACCGUGGACCUCACGUUCGACGACGCGCCGUACUGGGGCAAGGCGGCGCACGACGACGACGAGCUGCUGCGCGAGGACCUGCGGUCGACGGCCAUGGAACUGCUCGCCGCCGUCGCGGCGAACGGCGGCGGCCGCGAGCUCCUCGUCGAGGCCGCGACGGCGUGGGCGCCCGCGGGCGCGCCGGCCGCGCCCGCGGACGCGCCGCCGCCGGACGUGCCCGCGGCGGAGACGGCGGCGGCGACGGACCCGGAAGCGGGCGACGACGGCGAGGCGGCGACGCCCGCGGCGCCGGCGCCGCCCGCGUUCCGCGCGCCGCGCGACGCCGCGGCGCUCGACGGCCCCACGAGCCGGUCCUGGUGGCCCUUCGUCCGCGUGCUCGCGUCGCCCCUCGCCAUCAUCGCCGACCCGGCGGCGACGCCCCUCCAGCACGAGCGCGCCAUCGCCGUGCUCGAGGCGCUCUGCCGCGACGGCGCCGCGGCCGCGUCGGACCAGCCCGUCGCCGUCGACAAGUUCGCGGCCGCGGCCGUGGCCAUGGGCGCCCUCGUGCCUUUGGCGGCGCUCGCGUCCGCGCGGACGGCGCUGACGUCGGCCGCGUUCUUCGUGAGCGCCGAGGACGCCGGGGACGGCUCGGCCGCGCCGCUCGCGCAGCUCGCGGCGGACGCGGAGGCCGUCGUCCUCGAGCUCGUGGCCCGCGCGGCCAUGCGGUCCCUGCGCCUCGAGGCGCGCGCCGCGGCGGGCGGCGCCCUCGCCUACGAGGCGUCGGUCAGGGCCGCGCGCGACGCGUUCCACGGCGUCGCCGCGCAGGACGACGAGCCGAAGAAGGACGACAAGAAGAAGGGCAAGAAGGACGACAAGAAGGCCAAGGACAAGGGCCGCAAGUCCGUCGUCGAGAAGGCCGCCGAGGAGAACCCCGACGAGCCGCCGCCGGUCUUCGACGAGGCCGCGGCCGCGGCCGCGGCGGCCGUCGCGGGCGCCGCGGCGGCCGCGGAGCUCCGCGAGGACGAGCGCGGCGGGCCGACGCUGCCCCAGUGGGGGGAGAUUCUGGGCGCGACGGCGCCGGACGCGCGGCGAAAGAAGGCGACGUCGACGGCGCUGCUCUCGGCGCUCGCGGGCGACGCGCGCGCGGUCGCCGCCGCGCUCGUCGACGCGGGCGCGGACGUCGCCGAGGCCGACGGCGACGGCGAGGCACCCCUCAUGAUGGCCCUCGCGCGGGGCAACCUCGACCACGCGGCGCUCCUCCUGGCCAGGGGCGCGGACUACGACGGCCGCGACGCCAAGCUCGCGAACGCGCUGCUCUACGCGUUCGUGGCGCCCGACGGCGCGGCCCUCGACAACGCGCUCGACGGCGCGCGCGAGGCCACGGACCGCGGCGCCACGCCGGCGACGCUCGAGCUCGCCGGCGACGCGGCCUUCGUCGCGGAGCUGCUCGAGGCGGGCGCAGACGUCAACGUCGCCGUCGGCGGCCGCUUCCCGCUGCACUGGGCCAUCGAGGGCGUCGUGCUCGAGCUGGCCCACGACGGCGUCUUCCCCUGCGUCUUCGGCUUCGACGCGGAAAACCGGUCGCUGGAGCUCGUCGACACGCUCGUGGCGUUCGGCGCGCACCUCGACCGCUGCGACGAGGCCGGCGCGACGCCCCUGCACAGCGCCCUGCGCCUCGGCGCCUGCGGCGCCGCCACAGCUUUGCUCAAGGCGGGCGCGGAGCCGAACCUGGCCGACGCGGGCGGCCGCCUGCCGCUGCACCUCUGCGGCUUCCGCUGCGGCGUCGAGGGCAUGGGCGCCGUGUUCGAGGCGCUGCUCGCCGCGGGCGCGACGCGGCCCCGCGGGACGGCGACCUACGACAACGCGCGGGCCGGCACGUCGCGCGCGGCGAAGAUGCGCGCGACCGUCGGCGGCGUCCUCGACCGCGCGUUCGCCGUCGCGGUCGCGCCGCCGGUCAUCUCCGACGAGCUGCCCCUGGCCGCGGAGCUGCUGGCGGCGCUCGACGCCGAGGGGCGCACGCCCCUGCACUGCGCGGCGGGCGCGGGCUACGACGAGGCGCCGCCGCCGCGCGUCGGCAUGCGCGCCGUCGCGGACGCGUCCAGCGACGGCGCGCGCGAGCGGCGCGGCGCGGUGCUCGCGGCGCUGCUGUCCCGCGGCGACGUGUCCCUGGCGACGCAGAGCCUGGGCUGCGCGGCGCGCGGCGGCGCGGGCGUCGUCCACCUGGCCGUGGAGGCGCUCGGCGACUUCGCGGUGCCCGCGCUCGAGGCCGCGCGGGCCAAGGGCGCGGACCUCGACGAGCUCCUGGAGCUGCCCGAGGAGGAUAUGGGCCUGCAGCUGCCGGGCUUCCACCCGCCGGAGCCGGGCCACGACCCCACGGCGCCGCACUGCGCCUCGCCGACGAUGACGCCGUCGCCGUCGCGCGACGCGCUCCCCCCGCCGGACCCGUCCGCGGGCUUGGUGUUGGAGUCGUCGGCGCCGGCGCCCGCGGCGCCCGAGGUCGUCACCUUCGACAUCUUCGACACCGUGCCGUCGACGGACGACCUCGGGCCGCUGCCCCCGGCGCCCGCGGCCUCCGCGGGGCCCGCGCCCGCGGGCGAGCACGCCGCGCCCGCGCCCGCGGCGCCGGACACGUCGCGCACGGGGCACGACACCGUCGGCUCCGCGUCGAACGGCGGCCGCGUCUACACGCAGGCGCUGCCGGAGCUGCCGCCGACGGCGCGGCGCGUGCUCGCGCCCAUCCACGUCGCCGUGAACCCGCCCGGCUGCCACCCGUCGCCGCUCGCGCUCGCCGCGCUCACGGGCGCGGAGCCCGAGGUCGUCGAGGCGCUCCUCGAGCGCGGCGAGUCCGCGUCGGCCCUCGCCGACGACCUCGGGGGCACGUCGCCGGCGCACGCGGCCGCGGCGCGCGGCCACGCGCACACGGUCGUCGCGAUGGACGUCGGCGACGCGCUCGACAAGAACGGGCGGACGACGGCCAUGGUCGCGGCGCUCGCCGGCCGCGACGACACCGUCGAGGAGCUGCUCGACCACGGCGUCCACGCCUACGUGCGCGACUGCGGGGGCAUGAAUCUGCUCGACGUCGCCAUCGACCUGGCGGAGGUCGACGUCGCGACGUCGAUCAUCCAGCACGCCUACGUCCAGGUCUACGAGCGCGACGUGCGCCGCGCGGAGCGCGUCCACUGCUUCUGGGCCGACAAGGCCAUGGCCGUGACGCGCGACGACCGCGCCGCGAGCCACGAGGCGGAGAAGCUCACCGCGGCGACGGCCGUGCUCAAGCUCGUGCUGCGCGCGUGCUGGGCCCACCUCGAGGCGAGCCGCCACAUCAAGCCCUGCUUCGCCGACGGCGUCAUGUACUACGACGUGCUCCUGGCCGAGGAGCAGAAGGCCAUCGACGAGGCGGAGCAGGAGCACGCCGCGCGGUCGAUCCAGUUCGCCAUCAAGCGCCGGAACAAGAAGAAGGCCAAGGGCAAGGGCGGCGCGAAGAAGAAGAACCGCAAGAGCUCCUCGGCCUAG